AUGUAUCUUCCACGGGCACUCAUAUCCAAACUCUAUCUCCACCUACAAAAUACGCGACACCCUCUCUCCCCCCCAGUCCUCGUCCUUGUCGCGCUCGAGCCCGACGCUCUCUGCGCAUGCCGAAUCCUGACCCGCCUACUGAAGCACGACUAUAUUCCCCAUAAGAUCCAGCCUGUCUCCGGAUAUGCCGACCUCGAUCGCGCCGGCCGGAACCUGGUUCAACCCAUGAUGGAGACCCAAGGAGGCAGCGGAGGAGUGGUUGUUUGCCUUGGUGUCGGUGGCAUGGUCGACCUGGGAAGUUUGCUGGGACUGGAACCAGAGGGGGAAGAGUUGACAUUUGGUGGUGUUGAAGUUUGGGUCAUGGACUCUCAUCGUCCGUGGAACUUGGGUAAUGUCUUUGGUGGCUUUCCCCUUGAGCCCGUUGUCGAGGAGGGCGCCAGCCUACGGUCAAGAUGCCCCGCAGGCGUAACGGCGGGUCGCAUUGACCGCACAUACCAACCUGGAAAAGGCGGCAUCGUCGUAUUUGAUGAUGGCGACAUCGAAGACGACCUGACUGCGGAAAAGGAAGCGUAUCUGGCCUUGCUCGAUAUGCCCGAGGUUGAUGACGACGGCGAUGAUUUGGGAGACAAUGACGAUGCCGACGACGAGGAUCUGUUCGAAGAAUCUGCACAUGCCGGUCAAAAGAGGAAAAGCUGGUCCGAUCCUGACGAAGAGGACGAGUCUAGCGACACAGAUGAUCGGCCGCACCAACGAAGAAGAAGCAAUUCUUCAUCUUCGAUACCCUCAUCGCCACAACGGCCAGCUCAUAGAGGGCUGGUCUCGCUGCGGGAUGCCGGUAUGGUUCUCUCCAGUGACCCUCUGGAACCUCCAUCUGCUGCUCAACCACCGCCCGCACCAUCUGCCAAAGUGUUGCGACGUCGCCUGCUGCGGCUGCGAAGAGAGAAGGAAGAUAUUCUCCGCAAGUAUUACAAGAUUGGCGCCUCCUUCUCCGAGCCAAUUUCUUCGAUGAUGUACUCAUUGGCCUCAGAGCUUGGCCGAGAAGACAACGACUUACUAUGGCUCACCAUUGUUGGUGUCACCUCAAUGGAGCUUUACGGCAGAUCCUCUGCAGGUAUUGCGGUCCCAGUUCGCAACUCUGACAGGGGUCAAGGAAACGGAUGGAUGGGAGUCCGAGGUGCCCGUAUCCGCCAACUGCUACGAGACGAAGUCCGGCGUCUCAACCCCCCUGAAGUCACCAAUGGUCGCGCGUCGACCGCCGAGAGCUCAGGCCUCAUCCCCACUACGGCUCGUAGUCCUGAAGACACAAGCAUUAGACUAUCACCGGAGCCCAAGUUCCUCCUGAUCAGACACUGGAGUCUGUACGACAGCAUGCUUCAUUCGCCGUAUCUGUUUGCGCGGCUGAAGACCUGGAGCGAGACGGGUCUGAAGCGACUCCACAAGCUCCUCGCCAAGAUGGGUGUCAGCCUGGUUCAGUGCAAGCAGAGUUACACGCAUAUGGACAUGAUGCUGAAGCGAGAGCUGCGGACGAAGCUGCUCAAGUACGCUUCUCUCUACAACCUGGACGACAUGGUUCCUUCGGUCGACACGGAUGGCAGGGACCGCGCCGGCGCCAAGGACGGCUGGGGAUUCGUCCGCAGUUGGGGCUGGCGAGCAACCCUGAGUGCGCAGGAUGUCGGCGUGGUCAUCGGCGCCCUUCUGGAAGUGGGAAAACAUAACGACGUUGCCGAGCUCACACAAGCGCCCAAGGACUCUCAAUUCGAUGAAGUGGAUGAUGAUGAGGUCGUCGCCGCGCAAGGAGAGGAAUGGGUUGGUCGAUUCUGGGAAGCCUAUGAUGCACUUGAGGACAUUGAUGCCCUCAAAGCAGGACUUCCCACUGCCCAAUUCCUCCAUCGUGCUAUCUACCGCACCGGCACAUCACUCAUCAACAAGAAACAGAUCAAGCACCUGCGAGCAUUCCGUAUGUGCGUGGUCAAAGAAGGACCCGAUGUUCCCGUCUUCGGGCACCCGGCUGCACUCACCAAACUUGCUCUCUGGGUUGGCGAAGCUCUCGUAGAGCAAGAGAAGGACACCACAGGUCGUCUCUCUCACGGAGGUCGCGGAACACCGCUAGUCGUUGCCAGCCUCAACGACAAGCGCGGCGUCUAUCUUGUUGUGGGGACAGGCGGCGGCGGUGGCCCGGACACUACAUUCCUUGACCGCGAGGCCGCCAAAAAGCGGCAAGUGGCCAAGGAAGCGAAAUCUAAGCAGCUUGAGGAGUCGCGGCGCAACAAGAAAAACAUCCGCGAAGAAAAGCGGGCGGCUCGUCGAGCUACUGGUCAGGAGGAUGAGGACGAGGAUGAGCUGGAUACAGAGUCAGAGGCAUCUGGUGGCUCGGACUCGGAAGGUGACGAGGAAGAGGAGGCCAAGGAGAAGGGCUACGGCCUCAACCGCUUUGGAUCGGCGUUCCAGGAAGUUGUGGCUGAGACCAACGCCCGCGUCCGUAUAGACAGCUUCGAGCACUGCGUGGUGGAGGUCAAAAAGGAGGAUCUGGGCGGCUUCUUGGAAAGCCUGAGCAUGAAGACCGUUGUUGGUUGA